GUGCAAUGGGGGCCUAGGAAUCAGGAACAUGGACCACUGGAACAGAGCUUGUAUUAUGAAGAUGUGUUGGGAUAUUGCAAAUAAGAAAGAAUCUCUGUGGAUAAAAUGGAUAUCUCCUAGACCUGACAGCUGCUAAUAUUGGAAAAAAAAAAACCUUGAGCAAUAGAAGAUGGUUUGAGGAUAUGCCAAGAGACAGGCUAUACACAAUGGAGGAUGGGUACAAUUAGGCAAAAGCCGAACUGGGUAAAGCUGGUUUGGUACAGCAAGUUAGAGCAUAGAUGGUUAAUAGAUUUGGUGAAAGCAUUUGGGGGGAGACUGUUGCGGACAUAGGGAGAAGAAUUUUGCAAAUUCCCACUAGGAAGAAGAGGAACAUACAAGCUGCUGUAGUAAGCUACAAUAUAUGGAGGACUAGAAACUUCUACCUUCACAAGAAUGAAGAGCCUAUGCUAAAUACAUGUGCCCAAAUGGCAAUUUACUAGGUUGAGAUUUUCUUGAAAGGGAAAGGUGUUUGCCUAUAAUGGCACCUGAUGUUUGUGUUGAUUCUGUGUAAAGAGUAAUUACACGGCACGCAUAUUCUCCAACACAAAUAUAUAUAUGAUCAAUUAACAAUUCCCACUUUCCAAAAAUAAAAACACAUACCGAGUAUAUAUACUCCAUAUAUAUUUUCCCCCAUCAAAUAAUCAAAGGUGAAAUAUAAUAAAGAAAUUAGCUAGCGUCUACUCCUGAUUUGCUGCUGCAAAUUAAAGCCAUGGCCGCCAGAGAUUCAUCUUCUUCCUCCCACGACAGUGUUUUACAUGACGGAACAGGAGAUUCUUGUGAGCUUACUCCUCUGAAAAAACAUGUAAUAUUUUUUGACGCCAACCGGGAUGGAAUCAUUUAUCCCUGGGAAACAUAUCAAGGUAUUUAUUAGAAAUGAAUUACAUCACCAAUUGCACUGUCUUAUGCAAUAUUAUGUUCACUAAGAGCAUCUCCAACCUUGUUUACUGUAUUGGCUUGCUAUUUUUAUAUUUUAACAAGUGAAUAAAAACAUAAUAAGUGAUAUUUUGUUACAUUCCCCAACCAUGGCUUGCUAAUCCAUUCUACAACUCUUGGUUUCCUAUAAUUUGAGAGUUUGUUAUACGGAGUAUUUAGUAAGCCAAAGUCGUUUUUUGGCAAGCUUGCUAAAAUUAAACACAUCCAUUGGAGAAGAAAAAAAUAAGUUGACUUGUUAUAUUAAGGCUUUUAGCAAGCCAAAGUAGGAUGAUUGGAGAUGCUCUAACCAUUUAAGGAAACAAAUUAUUAGUACCUAAUUAAUUCUCAUUGAAUAUUGUACAUUACGUAUGUUGGGACCGCACGUGCCCUUACCCCAAUUCUUAAUAUGAUACUGUUCGCUCUGAGUCAAGCCCUCAUGAAUUUAUUUUUAGGCACCUUCCGAAAGGCCUCAUACUAAUGGGGUUAGGUAAACCUUUAAAUUUUGGUUCAUUUACUACUAAACUUCGAGUGUGCAUGAGACUUGGAGGAAUCCCAACAAUGUACUCCAUACUCAUUGGUUUCAUUGGUUGUAGGAUACAAUUUGGGGAUAUUUAAAUAGGCAUGAUUAUAGGAUCACUAUGAAAGUUAUACUCCCUCCGCGCGUCCUUAAAAAGAAUUCCUUUUUGCUUUUUUUUUCUCCUCCCAUCCCAAAGAGUAUUUCCACCUCCUAUUAAAUAAUCACUUUUAUU